AUGAGCCUCUUUUCCCCGGACCCAAGCGCCACGCUUUCUUCCGUCGACUGUGCUCAGGAUUUACUGGGGAGUGAUGUGUCCGCUGCUUGGUUUCUGGAGUACUAUGCAAUAGGAGUCUUAUUACCAUCCCUGGUGUUACAUGAAUCUGUCUCUCUGAUUCCCUCAGCCCUGCAGGUGAAGACAGAGUACAGCUGGGAAGACUCAUUCAGAGAGACCUGCCCCGUCUGUGGGGACAGAGUGUCUGGAUACCACUAUGGACUGCUGACCUGUGAGAGCUGCAAGGGCUUCUUCAAGCGAACCGUGCAGAAUGACAAGCGCUACACCUGCCUGGAGAAGCAGAGCUGCCCCAUUGACAAGACCCAGAGGACGCGCUGCCCCGCCUGCAGGUUCCACAAGUGCCUCAGUGUGGGCAUGAGGCUCGAAGCUGUCAGAGCUGACAGAACGAGAGGCGGCCGAAACAAACUGGGCCCCCUGUACCGACGGGACCGGCAGAUCAAACAGCAGAGGAGAGGCUUGGACAGCAGCCCUGCCAGCAUCAGCGUCUACGGGAUCAAACUGGAAUACACGUCCCAGCCACAUGCGAGCGCACUGCCCACACCCUCGCCACCCCCCUGCAGCUACGAGCACUCACAGAGCACAGGCCUGGGCUUCUCCCCCACCCUGGAGACACCCCUGCCAGGCUGCCUCCCGGAGCUGUGCGAUCCCUACUGCCAGGAGGUGAAGUCUGAGUGGAGGUGUAGCUCCCAGGUCGGACCCCCCCUACCCUCUACCAGCCUCCUCCCCGAGAUGAUGCACUGUGAGCUGGAGGAGGCCGCUCUGCGUGCCCGGGUCCUUGGGCACCUGCAGAGGGAACUGGCGAGCAGGGGCAAGCACGACCGGCUCAACACCUUGGGGAUCAUGAGCACAGGCCUGGGCUUCUCCCCCACCCUGGAGACACCCCUGCCAAGCUGCCUCCCGGAGCUGUGCGAUCCCUACUGCCAGGAGGUGAAGUCUGAGUGGAGGUGUAACUCCCAGGUCAGACCCCCCCUAUCCUCCACCAGCCUCCUCCCCGAGAUGAUGCACUGCGAGCUGGAGGAGGCCGCUCUGCGUGCCCGGGUCCUUGGGCACCUGCAAAGGGAACUGGCGAGCAGGGGCAAGCACGACCGGCUCAACACCUUGGGGAUCAUGUGCAGGAUGGCGGAUCAGACCCUCUUCACUCUAGUUGAGUGGGUCAGGGGCUGCGUCUUCUUCAAGCAUCUCACGGUUGAAGAUCAGAUGAAGCUCUUGCAGAACUGCUGGGGAGAGCUGCUAGUCAUGGACCAUCUCUACAGACAGGUGGCGCUAGGGAGGGAGGGCAGUGUGCACCUGGUCACUGGACAGCAGAUUGAAGUUUCCACCAUCGUCUCUCAGGCUGGGGACACCUUGACCAGUCUGCUGUCUCGCUCUCAGGAGCUGGUGUCUAAGCUCAGGACACUCCAGCUGGACAGACAGGAGUUUGUGUGUCUCAAGUACCUGGUGCUCUUUAACCCUGAUGUGAAGGGCCUGGCUGGCUGCUCGGUGGUCGAGAGGGUGCAGGAGCAGGUGAACCAGUCCCUGAUGAGCUACACCGCACAGGGGCACCCCCAGUACCCCGACAAGUUUGGCCAGCUGCUGCUCAAACUGCCAGAGAUCCGGAGCAUCGGGCUGCAGGUAGAGGAGUACCUGUACACGAAGCACCUCCAGGGGGACCUGCCCUGCAACAACCUGCUCACUGAGAUGCUGCAUGCCAAGCAUCCCUGACCAUCUGCACUCAUACACACACACAUCUAUCACAAUAUAGCCCUGACCCUCCGCACUAAAACACACCCCCAGCACAAUGCAGCCCUGACCCUCUGGACUCACACACACACCCAGCACAAUGCAGCCCUGACCCUCCGCACUCACACACACACCCAGCACAAUGCA